AUGGAGAAAAGGGUGGCCAUAGUCGGGGCUGGAAUCAGCGGGCUCCUGGCCUGCAAAUAUGCAGCAUCCAAAGGCUUUAGCCCCAUGGUGUUCGAGGCCCAAGAUCAGGUGGGCGGGCUUUGGAACCACACCAUUGAGUCCACUAGGCUUCAGGUUCCCAAACAGAGCUUCGAGUUCUCCGAUUUCCCAUGGCCUUCAUCGGCAGACACGUUCCCUCACAAUACUCAGCUGCAGCACUAUCUACACUCUUAUGCUCGGGAUUUCCAGCUUCUGCAGUACAUAAAGUUCGAUUCCAAAGUGAUGAGCAUAGAUUAUGAGGGGCCUGUUGAGGAUAUACAACAUUGGGAGCUGUGGGGUGGGACUGGCAAAGCUUUUGGGUCCAAGGGCAAGUGGCAUCUCAAAGUUGUCAACACCAAAGAUGGCUCUGUAAAGGAGUAUGCAGCUGAAUUUGUAGUUCUCUGUAUUGGAAGAUUCAGUGGUUUACCAGAUUCUCCUGAAUUUGCUCCGGGAUGCGGGCCUGAUGUAUUUUCGGGAACCGUCUUGCACUCUAUGGAUUUUGCCUCCAUGGAUAACUCAAGUGCAGCCGAGUUGAUUAAAGGGAAAAAGGUUGUGAUUGUAGGUUCGGCCAAAUCAGCAAUCGACAUAGCGUUUGAAUGUGCAAAUGCCAAUGGCAACGAUAAUCCAUGCACGGUUAUCCCACGGACAGUUCACUGGAUGCUGCCCGAUCAUAAGCCAUGGGGUGUUAGUUUUGGUUUUUUGUGCUUCACCCGUUUUGUCGAGCUUUUGGUUCAUAAGCCUGGAGAAGGGGUCUUUUCUAGUCUAUUAGCAACAACACUUUCACCUUUGCGGUGGGCAUUAUCUAAGUUUGUGGAAAGCUAUGUUAAAUGGAAGAUUCCGUUGAAAAAGUAUGAUAUGGUUCCGGAAGAAAGCUUUCUUCAGGAAGUCUCGUCUUGUCAGCUAUUCUUUUUGCCCGACAACUUUUUCGACAAAGUGGAAGAUGGAAGCAUUGUUUUCAGGAAAUCAAAGCAACUUAGCUUCUGCAAUGAAGGUUUGAUCCUUGAUGGACAAAAUAUUCCUCUAAAAGCAGAUAUUGUCAUCUUUGCCACCGGAUACAAAGGCGAGGAGAAGCUUAAGAGGAUGUUUGGCUCUCCAACUUUCCAGAACUUGAUAUCUGCUUCUGAGAGCUCCAUAAUUCCUCUCUACAGACAAAUGAUCCAUCCACGAAUACCGCAGCUAGCAGUAAUAGGCUUCUCAGAGUCCCUCGCAAAUCUUUUUACAUUCGAGAUGAGGUGCAAAUGGCUCGCCUUUUUUCUAGACGAGGCCUUCGAAUUGCCGAGCGUGAAGGAAAUGGAAAAGGAAAUAAAGAGUUGGGACGAGUUCAUGAAGAGGUAUGCGGGCAAUGGCAAGUUCAGAAGAUCUUGUAUUGGAGGUGCUCACAUCUGGUACAAUGAUCAACUCUGCAAAGACAUUGGAUUUAACCCAAGGAGAAAGAAGGGACUUAUGUCCGAGCUUUUUGAGCCUUAUGGAGUGGGAGACUACAUGGGUUUGGUUCCUUGA